AUGGUUAUUAAAACCGGACCAGACCGGCCGGUUCGACCGGUUCGACCGGGAACCGGACCAGUUACCGGUCUGAAGUCACCCUAUAACCGGACUGCAAGAAAACCGUUACACACUUUCAUAACCUCUGCUACCUCUCACGACUCUCGACCUCUGCUACUUCUCUCAAAGCUUGCGGCACUUCCUGCCUCCGCCGCCGCCGGCGCCUCCGCCUCCGUCCCUUCUGCCGCCGCCGCCUCCGCUUCCGUCCCUGCCGCUCUUGUUUUGGGUCUUUUCGUGCACGAAUUCUUUGAAAUAAAGAUUGCAGCAUCUUCAGAUGCAACUGUGAUUGUAGUGGGUGCAAGUUUAGCUAUAGAGGCAGAAAGUCUCGACAGAGUUAACAUUGUUCUUCCAGGACAGCAGCAACUUCUAGUGAGUGAAGUUGCUAAUGCAUCCAGGGGACCUGUAAUUCUUGUCAUAAUCUCUGGAGGAGCCAUGGAUGUGUCAUUUGCUAAAACUAAUGAUAAAAUCACAAGUAUCUUGUGGGUUGGCUACCCCGGCGAAGCUGGUGGAGCUGCCAUAGCUAAUGUGAUUUUUGGCUUUUACAAUCCAAGUGGAAGGCUACUCAUGACAUGGUAUCCAGAAUCAUAUGUAGAAAAUGUUCCAAUGACAAACAUGAACAUGAGGGCAGAUCCUUCUACAGGUUACCCAGGUAGAACUUACAAAUUUUAUAAAGGUGAAACUGUUUUCUCAUUUGGUGAUGGAAUAGGCUACUCCAAUGUUGAGCACAAAAUAGUUAAAGCACCGCAGUUGGUGUCUGUUCCUCUAGCAGAGGAUCAUGUAUGCCGGUCCUCAGAAUGCAAGUCACUUGAUGUUGCUGAUGAGCAUUGUAAAAACAUGGCAUUUGAUAUUCACCUUAGGGUCAAGAACAUGGGGAAAAUGAGCAGUAGUCAUACUGUGUUAUUGUUCUUUACUCCUCCAGCAGUGCACAAUGCCCCUCAGAAACACUUGUUGGGUAUUGAGAAAGUGCACUUGGCAGGAAAAUCAGAAGCACAAGUUAGGUUCAUGGUAGAUGUUUGCAAGGAUUUGAGUGUGGUUGAUGAACUUGGAAAUAGGAGAGUUCCAUUGGGGCAGCAUCUGCUUCAUGUGGGAAACUUGAAGUAUCCAUUGAGCGUGAGGAUUUGAAACAAGUCUUCAGUUCCUCUGCAUUGAGUUUUAUCCCCCCCCCCCUCCCCUCAUUGGUUUCCUUAUAGAUUUUUUUUUUGUAGGGAACCAGAAAUAAGUUUGAUGUAACUGUAAGAAAAUUGUCUGAUUGAAACUGUCAUAUUUAAAUCA